AAUACACCUCAACCCAUCUCAAAUAUCAGUUGCAAAGGCCAGCAGUUUUUCAAGACUCUGCAUUCUAUCUCUUUCCGCCCAGAGAGAUUGAGAGAGAGAGAGAGCCCAACCUCUUCUUUUAUCUUCUCUUCUGCCAAGGACUAUUGAAAGAUGGGUGCAGGUGGACGGAUGCCAGUUGACCCCCAGGGAAAGAAAUCGGAAGAAGUUCUCCAACGAGUUCCUGUCUCAAAGCCUCCAUUUACAGUUGGGGAUAUUAAGAAAGCCAUACCACCACAUUGCUUCAAGCGUUCUGUCCUUCGCUCUUUCUCAUAUGUUGUGUAUGACCUUGCCAUUGCAUCCGUCCUCUACUAUGUUGCCACCAACUAUAUCCAACUCCUUCCCCACCCUCUUGCUUACAUAGCCUGGCCUAUAUAUGGUUAUGUUCAGGGCUGUUUCUUAACCGGUAUUUGGGUCAUUGCCCAUGAAUGUGGCCAUCAUGCCUUUAGUGAUUACCAAUGGCUUGAUGACACAGUUGGCCUUGUCCUCCACUCCUCCCUUCUUGUCCCUUACUUUUCCUGGAAGUAUAGUCAUCGCCGCCACCACUCCAACACUGGUUCCCUCGAGCGUGAUGAGGUGUUUGUACCCAAACCCAAAUCUGAGCUCCAAUCUUUUGCCAAGUACAUUAACAACCCACCUGGCCGUGUCCUCACACUUCUUGUUACCCUCACACUAGGUUGGCCCCUAUACCUGUUAUUCAAUGUUUCUGGUAGGCACUAUGAGAGAUUUGCAUGUCAUUAUGAUCCCAAGAGCCCCAUUUACUCAGACCGUGAACGUCUUCAGAUCCUAGUUUCUGAUGCUGGUGUACUUGCUGUGAGUUACGGAUUAUACCGCCUAGUAGUAGCAAAAGGUCUUGCUUGGGUACUUUGUGUUUAUGGAGGUCCUUUACUAGUUGUGAAUGGAUUUCUUGUGCUUAUCACGUUUUUGCAGCACACUCACCCUGCAUUGCCACAUUACAACUCAUCGGAAUGGGAUUGGUUGAGAGGAGCUCUAGCCACAGUUGACAGAGAUUAUGGAAUUCUGAAUAAGGUGCUCCAUAACAUCACUGAUACUCAUGUAGCUCACCAUCUGUUCUCGACAAUGCCACAUUACAAUGCCAUGGAGGCCACAAAAGCGAUCAAACCGAUAUUGGGUGAUUAUUACAGGUUUGAUGACACCCCAGUUUUUAAGGCGAUGUGGAGGGAGGCGAAGGAGUGCUUAUAUGUUGAACCUGAUGAGGGUGACCAGGGCAAAGGUGUCUUCUGGUACAACAAUAAGCUCUAGAAUGACAUUAAAUUAAUGAGAGAAACCGUGGGGAGGUGAGAUUGUUGUUAGCAAAUGAUCAUUUACUCCCCUAAUUAGUUUUACUCUAGGUUGUUUUUGUACUGUGAACCUCCUGAUCUUAUCAGCUUCAAUAAAUAUGUUGUAAACUUGUAAUGGUUGGUGGAUUAAAUGUUUGAAGACGGUUCUGAAUUA